UCAGUGAUCAAGAACAUGUACAUCGUCACCAUUAAAUAGCUUGUGCGUUUAAGUUUAAACAUUUAAAAACUAUGAAAUACCUGCCUAACCCUCUCGGCGUAAACAAAAAUAUCUGUGAACCUUAUCUCAGGUAAUUUCAGCAGUUGCUUCUCCAGAAAGAAUACGCCUUGAUGCCUUCUUACUGAGCUUCUUAUCUCAAAUCCUGAGUAAAACUCAUUUGAAUCUGGUGAAGAGAGCAGAAACAGGAUGCAGACAAGCAGCUUAGUGCAAGCACUCUUCGACCUCUGUAAGAAGGCAUUUUUACCGUCUGGGCCUGCGCCUUCACCUGCAGCCAUUAACAAAUUAUGCUCUCUUUUAGAUACCUUCAAACCUAUUGAUGUUGGGCUUAAUGAGGAUGCACUAGAACAAGAUCGUGGUUAUGGAUUUUUUGGACAAAAUAUUCAAAGAAAUCGACAUUCAGCUAUGGUAGCUCGAUGGUCGCAACCUGUUACAUACUUGCACAUUUAUGAAUGUGACAGCUUCACUAUAGGUAUAUUUUGCUUGCCAACAUCAGCUGUUAUUCCGCUGCAUGAUCAUCCUGGGAUGAUAGUCUUGAGCAAGCUUCUUUAUGGGUCGAUGCAUGUGAAAGCCUAUGAUUGGGUUGACCCUGUGGAUUUAGAGAGAAAUUCUGACAGAUCACAGUCAAGAUUAGCAAAGUUGAAGGUUGACACAGUUAUUACUGCUCCCCGUGGGCCAUCUGUACUAUAUCCAACGACUGGAGGAAACAUACAUUCUUUUACAGCGGUGACAUCUUGUGCAGUACUUGAUGUCCUUGCACCACCUUAUUCAGACACAGCUGGCAGGCAUUGCACAUAUUAUCGAGAUUAUCCUUAUUCAUGUUUUCCUGGUAAAUUGACAGAAAACACUGUUGAGGAUCAAGGUUAUGCAUGGUUGGAAGUAGAUAGUAUGAAUGACUUUUUUGUUAGAGGUGGAAAGUACACUGGUCCUAGAGUUGAGACUUGAUGAAAUUAUUAGAUGCUGCCAAGAUAUACAAUGUUCUUAAAGGAGGCCAUGGAAUUCUUCACUAAAUCUUAUUGACAUAUCUGCUAGGUGCUACUAGUAGAAUAGAUAAAUUAGGUAAUAAGGGACAAUGCAUUCCUUUAGACUGAUAAAUUUACUAGCAUCUAUACUGGCGGGCGUUCUAUGUGCUUGAGAUCUAUAAAUGUAUUGAUAAUUAUAUCUCUCUUUAUGGACAUAUCAUGCUGCCUGUUGAUAAUAAUGUGUUCCAAUGGUUCUUGAGAAAACUUCUCUUUCUCCAGGUUUGGCAGCGUCUUAAAAGCAAUGUUUAGUUGCAUCAUUGGUCUUAUAUUGUCAUCAGCCUAUUGUUAAAAGGGCUGAGUUUAGAAUUAUGUAAAUUAUUUUAAUCCAUAAAGGGUGUAUCAGCAGUUAACAGGCUGCUUGACACUUACACAAGUUGCUUUAUUGGUUAAUAAAAGAACCCUUCUACAGACA